CAAAGCCCACUCUAUUAGUGACCCGGAAGUGCAGGCACAUUGAGCGCUGCUUCCUCAGUGGGAUCAGGUGUCUGGAUUUCAGUGUGGUGACCAGUGCUGCCUGAAGGAACAAGAUGAUGAGAGCUGGAGGACUUUUGAAACUGGCAGGGUUGGUUUCUAUCCUGUUUCUGGCUACUCUCCUUGCCUUGGAGCUUUUAGAAAAGAAUAUGAAUUUUAAAUUAGGGAAAGUGUUUGCACGAUUUGCAUCUGCAGAGCCGGGCACCACCAAACCUCCACACCACCAAUGCGGCCUCUCUAAAUCCUGUCCUGAGGACCAUUUUGCUUUUAAGAUCACCAGUGGGGCAGCCAGCGUUGUCGGCCCGAAAAUGUGCCUUCAGGACAACAUAUUAAUGAGUGGAGUGAAGAACAACAUCGGACGGGGUAUAAACAUCGCUUUAAUUAAUGGGAAGUUCGGGAAUCUCACAAAGACCGAUUCCUUUGACAUGUGGGCUGGAGACGUGAGCCCGCUUAUCAAGUUCUUGAAUGAAAUAGAAGAUGGAACCAUUGUCAUGAUGGCCACCUUUGAUGAUCCUGCAACAAAGUUAACCAGUGAGUCUAGAAAGCUGAUAGCGGAUUUGGGCAGCACAAGCAUCAAUGAUCUGGGCUUCAGAGAUAACUGGGUAUUUGUUGGAGCCAAAGGAAUCAAAACCAAGAGCCCCUUUGAGCAGCACAUUAAGAACAACGCAGAGACAAACAAAUAUGAAGGCUGGCCGGAGGUUCUUGAGAUGGAAGGAUGCAUUCCCAUCAGAAAUGAGUGAAAUCACCUUGCCUCUUAUUUUUAAAUAAUUUUUCCUGUGUCAUGUCUAAGAGGGAAUUAAUCAGGAGUGUUUUUAUUUUUUUGUUUUCCUGCUCCGUGAAUGAAGAGCAUAUUGUAUUUUUUUACACAAACAGUGUGAAAUUGUGUGUAUGUGGGUCAUAUUAGGUUCAAGGUAGUUUACAUUUAUUUAUUUGGCAGAUGUUACUUACAGGUCAUUUUUAUCAGGAUGCAUUCCUUGGGAAUUGAGCCUAUGACCCUUGUACUGUUAGCACCAUGGCCUACCAGUCGAGCUACAGGACUACCCAAUAACUGAAGGCUUUUUACACCAACUUAAAAUGUUUUCUUUCUUGCAGCAUUUCUGUUUUUCUCUUAUGUGUGUUUGGGAAUUGAUGUUGUUGAUUGGUGUUUUGGUAUUGACAUUUAGUUACAAUAGUUGUUGAGAAGAUGUUAUAUGUAGUGCAUAUCAAGCAAGAACAAAAUAACCACUUUUCUGUUCAGCCCCUCAGCUGUGCCUUCUCCGUAUCAUAAUGCAGCUCAAUAUAUCCUGCAUUCAACCAUAUAAAUAUCCCACAAUGACUAAUGUUGGGUGUGAAAUUAAUUAUUUAAUGCAUUAUUUAACUACUAUUAUUAAUACUGUUAAGUUGUCAAUUGAGACCCUUUAUUGUAUGAAAACUAGCCAAGUGCCUUUUUUUUUUUUACCUGAGUUUUCAGGAACUGAAGUCUUGAUUUUGCCCAUCAUCGCCUUAAUGUGUUCUAAUCUGAGGAUAUAUACUGUCUAAAUGAAAUCAAUAAAUGUAAGGAAAUAUUUUAUUGUGCGAUUGUGGAAUUGUCACUGUUAAUCUUUCAGAUGGCUCAAAGAAUUUUGUAAGGACUUUUCAUAU